AGCUCAGAGAAAGAGCAACAUAAUUUUCUCUCUCUCCAUCUUUUGUCUUAAUUUUUUUCCUUCUGUUUUUACGGUGCAUAAUAAACGUUACAGCUUAUUCAAACAGAAGACGCGGGAAGCGUUCUGGGACGGUUAAAGACGGUUAGUGACGGUUAGGCGCUCCCCUCGCGCGCGGAUCUGAAUCAUGUGAAGUGCGGCUGACUGAGCCGAACCUACAGGAAGCGGAAACCCUGUCUCCCGCCGGACUGAUCGCGCGCUUAUCGGAUGGAUUGAUCAGGAGCGCGCAGGUGCGACAGGAUGAGCAUGAGGGAUCUUCAGAAGGUUCUCACUCAGGUCCUCCUCCUGGCUCUCCUGGGAUCUGCAGCUCAAUCCAAGGAACAUCACGUGGUGCGGAUGGGAACGUGUGAGGUGGUGGCCUUACACCGAUGCUGCAAUAAGAACAAGAUCGAGGAGCGUUCGCAGACCGUCAAGUGCUCGUGUUUCCCGGGACAAGUGGCAGGAACCACCCGAGCGAAUCCGUCCUGCGUAGACGCCUCUAUCGUCCAGCAGAAGUGGUGGUGUCAGAUGCAUCCGUGUCUGGAUGGAGAGGAAUGUAAAGUGCUGCCGGAUCUCAAAGGAUGGAGCUGUGCUACGGGGAAUAAGAUCAAGACCACAAAGAUCUCCUCAGACCGGGAUCAGCUCUGGUGACCGCUGGGAACCUGAUACAGAGACGCUGAUCUGGUGUGUCCUGGAGUCGUUCAGAGCAGAGAUCUGAAGCCAGUCUCUCGUGGCUCAGUGACGGUCAUUCAUCAGCGGCUCAGACCUGCUCAUUAUUAACCCUCAUCAGGAUCCAGACCCACCAAGGUCACAUGAACUUCAUCAGUGUCCAGAUGAAUAAUGAGGGAGGGAAAAACAAACAGAUGAACAGUUUUUUCCAGCAUUUCUUGAAGUUCUAAUGUGAAUGUUCAUAUAUCCUCAUAGUGAAUGACAUCAUAUCACAGCACUGCGGAUGCUUUAUCUGUGUGUAAAUGAUGCAUAGGCUCAUAAUAAACCAUGAUUGUCUUAA